GACUGGGAGGACAAUGACGAGGCUAGCCGUCGGAUCAUGGUCUUGGCGAAUGACUCAAUCGCGAACCACCCCUCCAAAAUAUCCAAAAGUGGACGGAGCACUAACACGUCGCAAUCAACCGUCAAGAUGAGCACCGAAUCGGGAGUCAAGACACAGCCGACCUUCGACAUAGUCGCGACAUAUCGCCGCAUCCUCAAAGAUGACCCGGAGCUUACUAUGCCCGUGGCGGCCAUCGAGGCGCUUGUAGAAGCCAUUGCACAGAGCUCCGUCUCGACCGUGGCCGAGACACUCGACCUACUCGAACGCCACACAGCUGCCCUAAAGGCUUCAAUCGCGAACCCCAUCUCCCUUUCCGCCGGCACAGAUCUCUUCCAGCGCUAUCUGAUCACAACGCUUAACCGCCCCGCAAGCCUGAACCUGGGCCCAGACGACGACUUCCGCGCGAUACGCAACCACCUCCUCUCCAACGGCAAGCUCUUCGUAGACCGUGCAAAACAGAGCAGGGAGAAGAUAGCGAGCUUUGGCAAGCACUUUAUCCGCGACGGCGGCACAGUGCUCACAAAUGGUGGUUCGCGAGUAGUGGGCGCGCUACUGAGAAGGGCAGCCGAGUCAAGCACUCUCCGCUUCAACGUCAUAUACGUCCUCCCUUCAUCAAGCUCGUCGGACGCGAAAGAGGGCCUUCAGACCGUCGCCGACCUCCGAGACCACAACGUUCCAGUAGCCACGAUCCCAGACUCAGCCGUCGCCUACUCUCUCGGCAAAGUCGACAUGGUUAUUGUGGGAGCCGAAGGUGUCGUAGAGAACGGCGGUAUCAUUUCGCGCAUGGGCACAUAUCAGUUGGGCGUACUAGCCAAGAGCAAAGGAAAGCCCUUCUACGUGGUUGCCGAGAGCCACAAAUUUGUCAGGCUAUAUCCCCUCAGCCAGUUUGAUUUGCCCAUCGAGCAGAAGGUGCUAGACUUCAAGGUCGCAGAGGAGCCCAAGGAAGAACAAAAGGCCAAGACUGACCAAGAGCAACCGAACGUCUUCGACGAAGCCAUCGCAGACAUGGCUGCCAAGCGGUCAACAGUCGCUCCACUCGACGCUCAUGACGCUGUCGACUUCACGCCACCCGAUCUGAUCUCUGGUAUCAUUACUGAGUCCGGCGUCCUCACCCCAUCUGCCGUCUCGGAAGAGUUGAUCAAGAUAUGGAAUAAUCAACGUGAAGUAUACGAUGAAGUAUACGAUUCCAUUGACAGCGAGAGCAAACUUUUCGACAAUGAAUAUAUUCUCCCGCCUACAAAGCUUCCUGACUCCUUGUCUAUCGUCCACAGUAUACAAGCCGCACAAAAGAUGCCAUACCUGAUCCAGCCACCAGCGCACUCCAUCGACACCUGCAAUCAGCUUUUUACCUAUACGCUUGCUGAUCCCACCCCUUCCGAGCUCUCUAAAAUCAAAGACCUUCAGAACUGGGGUUGGCAAGUCUCUUUGCACUCUCAAGAUGAUGAAAAGUAUCUUGCCGCUACAGAGAGAAUGGAGAGAGCGAUAAAGAAGAGACGGCGCAGGACCCAGAUGGUCUACGGCGAUAUGAUGGGCGAUGGUCCAAGGCCGGCUUUUGAGGAGGUUUGGGAGCAGGAAUCGAUUAAGAGGUCAACGCAGAGACUAUUUGAGACGAAGGAAAAGGAGAUUGAUAUUAGUGAUCAAGCGAGCAUAAUGUCUCACAUGACACAACAGAAAAUUUGGUUGCAUUGGGCUGAUGAAGAAGCUCAGUGGGAAGCAGAGAAAUUCAACGACAUUCAAGUCGUCAAUGAGCAUUGCUUGCUGCCAACUCACUCCAGAUUAGAAGACAAUGGAGAAAUGGACAGGCACUUGCACCAAAGGUCUGCCUCCAGUCCCAUCAUAAGAAGGGAAACCAACAUCGCAUCCCAUUCCGUUGAGGAAAAUGAGGCUAAUUGGCACAUUAUUACGUCGCCGUACUCUUCUCAAAGCGCUAAAUCUCAACUUACAGGUCGGAAGGCCCUACAAUCCUCUCCAUGUUCCACGUUAAAAGCCUCUUCAGAAGAGUCAGACCUCCUCCUAGAUCCCUAUAUGCUUGCCAUGGCUACAUGUGGACACUGGUGUCCGCCUGCGUUCCUUCAGACCUGGUCACGCCAAAAUCCUCAAACCAAAUCUGCUGCACCACGUGCCGAACUUUCAUCAAAAGACCCCAAAAAGCCUCAAAAACUCAAGAAGAAGAUUGCUCGCUUUUACUCAGAACCUAGCUUAAACUACUGGAUAUCCUUCAGAUUUGCCAGGCCUUUCUCCUGGGUGAAAAGAGAGCGAAAUGAGAAAGCAGGAGGGAAUGCAAAUUUGAUCACAUCGCAGCAGCAACAUACUGAGGGUUCGGGCGAUGCCAAGAAGCCUUCGGGCACUAUUUCAUUACAUAGACUAGAAGAAGAAAACGAUCCCUACGAGUGGCAAGCUUGGAAUCUUGGGCGCGCUCAUCAAGAAAGUAAGAUUGAUCGUAUGCUUGGAGGACGCAGCUUUCGUAGAUCAAGUGCUGGGGACGCUAGUAAGGGAAAGACCAAGAAUAGCUGGUAUGAUGAAUUUCGGAAGAAGAUGAAGGAGGAGCAGGUGCAAGCGCAAAAGGAGCGCAAGGAAGCCAACAAAAAGAAGAAGAAAGAGUUGGAGAAGUUGGAGAAGCAGGAGAGGAUAAACAGGGAGGCGGAGGCGAGAGAGAUGCUGAAGAAACAAGAUACCAUGAUUGAAUAUCCCAAACACGUGCCACGGGACCUGAUCAAGGCAAAGGACUGGUCGGCAGAGGAUGAAGAAGAAGAAGAAGAAGAAGAAGAAGAAGAAGAAGAAGAAGAAGAAGAAGAAGAAGAAGAAGAAGAAGAAGAAGAAGAAGAAGAAGAAGAAGAAGAAGAAGAAGAAGAAGAGGACAGCGAGAAGGAAGAAAAUCAGCCUAUAGAUUUCUACCACCCUUGGGGCUAUACAAUCUACCAGGUCUUGCUGGAUCCUUACUUCUUGCCACAGAAGAAUGUAGCAUUGAAAGGUGUUCCAGACCUCGCUACAAGCGAUGCUGAGGCUCCAGGAACUGCGCAAAGAUGGUGUUAUCGACAUCACGGUUUCCAGAGAUUUCCCGACACCGAGCAACAAAGAUUAAGGUACUUCGGCAACACAUAUAAGGAAUGGUCGGAAAUCAAGAAGCAAUGGCUGAAAUUUGUAAAAGUUGAUUAUGUGCACGCAGAGUACGAGCAACGAUCAAGACAUAGUCGUCUGCCUCUUCUUGGCUGGUUCAUGACAACUAAGGGUGGUAUAGCAGAGCUGUGGGAGACGUUGGCUGUGGGAGAUAUUCUGCGUAUUGUACCAAAGGUUGAAGGAGUAACCUGGGACGGGUACGGAAGAGGAAGUAUUGGACGUUACCGGUUGUGGUAA